CUGGUGGUCCAUGGAAAAUCGUUGCUGCACUACAUAUAAUUUGCUUCUUGAAUGAGCAAGGCUUGAAGGGACUCAUCAAAUCAACUGUACUGGAACACAAUAUUAUGCUUCCAAACUUGGCAAGAACAUGUGCUUCCUCAAAUUAAAUGCAUGGACUUUUGGACCAGAGAGCUACACAGGUUCCAAAUGCAUGUCUCCGGGAAUAAAGAAGUGUUCUGAAUGCUGUGGAGCAGAUCAGCUUUGAGGAUACAAUUUGGAGCAGAUAUGUGAUGAGAAGAAAAGGGUUAAGGGCACCCUUCCAUCACAGAUGCACACUGCCUGCUACUCCGUUGCCACUCUCAAUCAAUUCCCAAAGCAAUUUCCCUCUUCUAAAACAAAGUUGCCAUUUGCUGUUGGUAUAUAUUUCCACAGAAAUGAACUCUCUAAAAGGCACCCCUGUGGCUCGAAGCAUACCAGUUGAAAUUGAUGAAACAGGAAACUGGUCCCCGUUCCCAGAACACUCAUUGGAAGAGGCUUUGAAGCCUUCUGGUGAAAAUAUAGAAAACUUGGGGUCUUCUCCACAUCAGAUGUCAUCUCAUUCAUUGGUUGGGCAAUCAUGUUUUUACAAGCACCUUAACCAUGUAAAUUAUCAUAAUGCAGUGCUGGAAAAGUAUGACCACAAUCUCCAAAGAUGCCCAGAUUCUAGAAGGCCAAUUAUUUCUGGCCCAUCCAGUGAAGCAGCCACCUCAUCAGAGCUUCAUCCUUUACCUAUAGACAGAACAAGCAAGUUGUUCAGGUCUCAACCAUCAGUUGGUUCUGCUGACAUGGGACACAAUUGUAAUAGUUUGCAGAGGGUUACAUCUGACAUUCCCCAAAAUUCACUUGGUGAAAGUCAAGGAAAUGCAAAAUCAAGUCAACCCCUGGAUAACAGACCACUAGAUCAGCGAACCGAUGAUGCAGGAUAUGACUCUCAGCCUCUGGAUGUUAUGGGCAUCAGGCAGCUAGAACCUCCAUUACCCCUUACAUCUGUAUUUAACCUGCAGGACCUUCCAAGGCCUCUGAUGUCCAAAGAAUUUCCACAGAUGGAUCCUCAGCCAUAUCCUGUAUUUCCACAAAUGCCUCAUCUUAAUACUUCCCCACAGGCUCAGUGGCAUCCAAGAUACUACAUUCCAGGUGGGCAAGCACCUUACCGACAUGUCAUUCAGCCACCUCAACUACAGCUCCCUAUUCCUGGCCCUUGUGUAAGAGUCGUCCAUCCUGCUCGGCAAAUAAUCCCAAAUUAUUCCAGUCCUUAUUCUCCCAAGUGCAAUGAAGAAUGGCUUCCCCAGAGAGAGACCUCCUCUGCAGAACUUCAGAGAUACUAUGGCCAGUUACAGAACCAAUUACUUGAUGGACAAGCGACAUCACAAGCAUAUGGUGCUUACGAUGAUAUGUAUAGGUGCCCUCAAGUUAACAACCCUCCAUGUCCAGCUGCUAUCCCUAGACCACUGAGUAAUUUUGCAGUCAGGGGAGCACUGAGGACUAGUAAUUUGCCAGAAGAGCUGCGUAAAGUCUUUAUAACCUAUUCUGUGGACACAGCUGUGGAGGUCAUGAAAUUUGUGAACUUCUUGUUUGUAAAUGGAUUUCAGACUGCAAUUGAUAUAUUUGAAGACACAGUGCGAGGUAUUGACAUAAUUAAGUGGAUGGAACGCUAUUUAAGUGAUAAGACAGUGAUGAUAAUCAUAGCAAUCAGUCCAAAAUACAAACAGGAUGUUGAAGGGGCUGAAUCCCAGCUGGACAAGGAUGAACAUGGCUUACAUACUAAGUACAUUCACAGAAUGAUGCAGAUUGAGUUUAUACAGCAAGGAAGCAUGAACUUUCGAUUCAUUCCUGUGCUUUUCCCAAAUGCAAAAAAGGAGCAUGUGCCUACCUGGCUUCAGAACACUCACAUCUACAACUGGCCCCAGAAUAAAAAGAAUAUUUUGUUGCGGUUGCUGAGAGAAGAGGAAUAUGUUGCUCCUCCGAUAGGACCUUUGCCGACUCUCCAGGUUGUGCCAUUAUGAACAUACAACAAUUGCUUCAUAUGCACUUUAGUGUGUGGUUCUGUUGGCUGGAAGCCAGGAUUCUCUUGGCUUCCCUUUCUGGGUGAUGAAAAGCAUGUGCACUUGGUCUCCCUCCCUCCCUCCCUCCCCUCCCUGCUAAUAGAAUUGUCCUGGGUAAUGCAAGCCCAUGUGUUUUCAUUUAUUCUGAAUGUUUCCUUCUGUGACUGAUCAGGCACACCACUUCUCUCUCAGUGUUUAAACAAAGUGCAGAUGGAAAGAAUGUCCCAUCGUUUUUCUUCUGUUUCUAGCAACUUGCUUUCUAAGUUUGUGGCAGAGCGAGUAAAUACUGUAAAUGAUGCUGCAAUGAGCAACACAAUUGCCAUCCCCUUGUUUGCUCUGGGUUCCUUUUGUUGUCAGCCAGAUGUUCUUGCAUUGCACGAUGGCCUCCCACAAUCAUUUCAUGUACACAAUAGAAUAUUUGCCUUUCAGAUGGACUCCCAUCUUUGUCAUUGUAGAGAAACACAUGAGCUUUUAAUAUUUCAUUGUGGGUAAACACACAUAUGAACCUCAGGGUUGCUGUUUGAUUAUGCACAUUGAUCAGUGUUUUCAUGCUUGAUAAAGACUUUAUCACUGCUGAUGUUGCAAAGCAUGGCAUAGUCAUUUUAUGCUGUAUUUCGACAGCAUGUGUACAAGCUCACCUCUGCACAAUCUGAACAAUCUACAACGUCAUCCCUCUUAAAGUGGAACUACAUAGAAUCCCCCAUGUCAAAUGCUUCCCCAUACAAUGUAAGAUCACUUAUACUAUAUUGUGGUUGAGGCUGGUGAGAUAGUACAGAGGGUAACAAGAGGCUUCAUGCCCUUAUCAACAAGCAGUUUGGCAGCAGAGGUUGGAGCAGCACCAUGGAAGCACAUGCCUGCCAAAUGGUUAGCAGCACCUAGCAUGGGCCAAAGGGCCUGGGCCAGGCACUACUGCUCAUUCAGCACCUGAAUAGUGCUACUCUCUCCAGUGUUCUCUCUAAUUUUUUCCAUCUGUGUGGGGAAUGAGUUUUGUUCUGGGCAGCAGUAUCAAAGCAGUGUGCGCGCACAUGCAUUCAGAGUGGGACCUUCCUGAUUCAACCUGAGUGGGAUCUAAAAUUGAAUGAGCGGACAUAAAAAAACUUGUGAGCGCACGCUCAUGCGCAUGCCUUAGAGGGAACACUGAUUCUCCCCUUCACCACCACACACUGAUGCUGUUCACACAAGCAGCCCUACCCAGGCUUGCACAGCCCUACCCAGGUAGGCCUGCUUGUGUAGUGAACCAGGAUCAAGGCCGAUCCUGGGCUGCUCCGCUGGGUAGCCCAAGGUUUCCACCUGGGCUAUUACCCAGGCAGAAGGGUGUGAGUGUGCCCUAGUUUGAUCAGGCUACCUGCAGCCCGAGCAGGGGCACAUCUGGGUGCCUGGAGUGCUCAGCUUGUGGGGAAAUCCCUCAAUGCCCCAUGCUCUUCAUGCGGUAUAUUGAAGAAUUUUAUUUAUUUGAUUUGAUUAUUUUUACAUUUAUAUUCCACUCUUCCUCCAAGGAACCCAUUGAAGGAUUUCUGGAGACCAGGCUGCAUUUCCCCAGAUCUCCAUGCUUCUCCUGGCAGCGCUGCUUGUGUGGGUGCAUAAGUGGCACUGCCAAGAAGAGGAAGAGGACAAUCUCAGGGGGAAGGUAGGAACGAUCCUGCCUCCCCUUCCCGCCCCAAAGCUUAGGUUGUGUGAAUGACACCCACCACCACCACCACCAUACACACACACACACACACCAUGCCUUGCUGUCACCUGCAACAAUUACUGCUUCAGCAACUAUUCUAAAAAGCCAGCCCAUGGGGUGUGUGUGUGUGUGUGUGUGUGUGUGAGAGAGAGAGAGAGAGAGAGAGAGAGAGAGAGAGAGAGAGAGAGAGAGAGAUUAAUUGAAACUCUGCACUGAGCAAGGCAGGAGUUGCUUAGCGGUUGUCACAAGCAGGCAACCAGUCAGCGCUUGAGACAGCCAGCUGCUGCUGGAAAUGGAAACAACCGGUUGCUCUUAAGUUCAACUAUCUGAGGAAGUUUGUAUGCCUGGUUCAAAAGUAGUGAGUGCAGAUAUGCUUACCACUCAGCGAUGUCUGUCUAGAUGCAUCUUUCUGCUCCCUGAAAAUGACUCCUCAUCCUUUGCGCCCAGUUCAGUGCUUCCACACAUUUUUGAAUGUACCACUUCCUGUAACACUCUCAUCUUGCCUCACAACAGGGGGAUUAAAGGAACCUGAAUAGAUGUCCAUGCACUGGGGCAGGAGAGGACACUGCAGCAUAUUGUCUAGUUGUCUCAUGUUCUUAAAGCUACAAACACCAUUUCUGAGUGAGCCCUUAACCAGGAGAAUCAAAUAUCCUUUCUGUAGCUGUGUUUUUAAAAAUUGUCCAAACUCUUUGUUGUUACAAAUUUGUUACAAAUGGCUCCUCAAAGAGCUUGGACAAUUUAAAAAAAUAUAGCCACAGAAAGGAUAUUUGAUGCAAAACUGCGCCCAUAACAGCUGCGCUACAAGUGGGUUCCUCACAAGUGUGGCUAUUAUUAUCUCUAAAUCAGUCCUUAGACUUCACGCAGAGAAAUUGGCGAUAGCCAGCUUUCAAAAAGGUAUGUAUAUCAUACUAAUCCCUUACAUAAACUAUUGCAGAUAUAACCAAAAUAUAUUGGUAUAUAUCUUACCAAUAACUGCUCGCUUCCCACCACUGCGUACAAUUCCUUCAUAUUUAGGCUCAGUUUGGCACCCUUAAAAUAAGAAAGCCAAGACUUAUUGCUAUAUGGGUAACAAGAGAAACGUGAAACUUUGACCAGAAGAGCAGCAUAAUUGAAAAGGACCGUUGUUAAAAGUCUAGCCGUCCUUAUCUCUAGCUAGCAGGGUGAACAGUAAAGCAGAAAUCGGGAAUGUUAAUAAGAUGACUACGAUUAACCGUAGUAAAGUUCAAAGGCAGAAAUAGUUUGUAGCUGUGCAAUACACAAACGAGACAGACCGUUGAAGGGGAAAGAUAAUUACUAUAAUUUAUCACAUGUCCACAUUAAUGAAGCUCGGGUGAAUACCUGGCUUUAAAAGAAACAAAGCUAUACUUCCCUGUACAACAAGUUUACCAUGGCAACAGGCAGAAAAUGAACCCCUUGUCGUGCUCUAUCAUUGUAGGGGCAGAGUAGGUUUGACUUACAAUUGAAAGUAAACAUUCAUGUACUCAAAUCAACCCUGUGGGCAGGCCUUACUAAAGUAGUUAUCUCUAUGUGGUUCCCCCUGUCACUCUGAUCACUAGCCAGAGACUCUUAUCUGUUCAUUCAAAUAUUGUUCUUGGUUCGGUUCAUAAUAGCAGGAAACCCUUAACCUGGGUAAUGAUAAAUUGCAGUGCUGUCAGUUUGGGGGUGAUUGUACAUGUUUUUUAAGCUUUUAAUUAGUUAUCUAUUUUUAUAUUCCUUUGUAUUUCUUAUUGUGCAGUUUUUAUGGUUUUAUAUUGUUUUAAAUGUUUUGUAAACCGCCUUGACAUUAUUUUAAUGAAAAGCAGUAUAAAAAUUUAACAAUAAAUAAAUAAAUAAAUAUGGGGUGGGGGCAAUUGCCCCAAUAUUUCAGGCCACAUGAGAUCAAGCUUCCGAAGUGCUUAUAUCUAUGACCUAAGCACUGAUGCUGUACACUGAGCAUCUGGAUGUUGCUAAAACAUGAAUUAGCAACCCUGUCUGUUACUUUUACACAGUUUCUUUAAUUUGAACAGGACGAGCGAAGUAGCCAAUACUUGUAGCACUUGUUCCUUUAGUGUUCCUCUGUCACAGAUUUCUACACACUGUAUUGAACUUCUCAGAAACUGUACAGAAGCUCAUGAGUUACACUGUAACCACAACUGUUAGAUAAGACAAUGAUGCUCCUGGCUGCUCCAGAAGAGGGUAGCCCUGUUUUUUUACCCAGCAUUUUAACAAGGUUUUUUAACCUAGCAUUUUAACAAGGUAAAAUGAACCUGUGGUUCUUUUCACAGGUCUUGAUGACCUGUGGAUCAUCAGUAGAUGAUUGUGUGACCACUGCUCAUCUGCUGGGGAAGGCAGGCAAGCUCCUGCCUUCCCCACAAACCUCCCCAGCAGUGGCGUGGAGUCAUGUGAACAACUUCAGUAUUUGUGCAGUCAAGAAGCAGGGGCAGAGCUUAGAUUCUAAGCAUAUAUAAAAGCCUUCCACCGGCUGUUUAGCAAGAAAGGUCACUUUCUCCAACAGUGCACAACCCAAUUGUGUUUAAACCCGAUCAGUAGUCUGAUUUGUUGUUGCUGCUGUGUUUCCACCAUAAUUGUCACCGUGAUAAUUGGCAUUUGAACUUGAUCUGUUUUCCAUUGCACUAUGAUCACAGAUCAGUUUACCCUUCCAUUACAAUUGCACUUAAAUACAGCUGUUGCCAGAACUUCUCCAUCAUUCCAAUUUUUCUAUUCCAGAGAGAAUAGCUCAUCCCCUUGUUUGGGAUCCUGUAAUAACCAUCAUUUUCUUCAUCAAACUAUGGUUAUUUUUCCUAGUCUAUACUAAGCCACAUAAGUGGCAAGCACAGAGCUUGGACCAAACUCUGUAAAACCAGAAUCAGAUAUCAAUAGAUGCUUUAUUAAAAUAUAGGUGGAUUUAAAAGGAAACAUCAGCCAACAUCCUGACUUACAAAGCAUACCACAUUUGCCGCUUUCCAGAGUAGAGCAACAUGAAUGGUUGCAUGAGGGGGGAAUUUCACCUUGCUCUCCUUCCCUCUGAAGUACUCCAUGACCCCCCCAAAAUAUGUCAGUGAGAGCUGCACUAUCUUCAGGGACAUAUUACCAGAAGUCACAGACUGCUUCAAACGAAAGAGAAAAUUGGCAAAACUCACCCCCGCCCCUUGCAUGACUGCCCACACUGCUUUAUUCUGGAACACAGCAAAUAUGUGCAUGCUUCCUUUGUUGGACACACACACACUUCGUAAGUCAGGAUGUCAGCCACUUUCCUGUACUGAGCCAUAUACUAGAUCUCUGUUCAAAUGUGACUGCAGCUGUCUAGGAUUGUUCAAUCUCUAUCCAGGAUUGCUAGAUCUUUUGAUACCUUGGGCAGACAUAAAUAUGCACACUUGUUCAUAUUUGAGCAACAUUGCCGUUACAGUUCUAGAACACUGUAUUUUGGUUCUGUGCCCUAUCUGUCCAAAGCACAAGGACGUUUCUUCCUCUGCUUGCCCCUACCCACAAAGCUGCAUAACGGGUGCUGCCUCUAGCUGCAGCUCUGAUCCAACCACAGACAGAGCAUAUCACUUUCAGUUAUCCCUGCAGUACAAAAAUCAAACCCAUCACAUUCUUCUUAUUAAAGUAAUAAGUAAUAAUAAAGUAAAAAUGUAGUGGGGGUGGGGAAAUCACACCCUUAAUAAAAGAGGCUUAGACAAAUUCAUGGUGGACAGGUCUAUUAUUGGCUACUAGUCUGGUGGCUAUAGGCCACCUCCAGCCUCAGAGGCAUGAUGCCUCUAAAUACCAGUUGCAGGGGAGCAACAGCAGAGAGAGAGCACACCCUCACCUCUUGCCUGUGGGCUUCCCAGAGGCAUCUGGUGGACCACUGUGUGAAACUGGAUGGACCUUGGGCCUGAUCCAGCAGGACUGUUCUUAUUCAUCAUGCUUAAAACAUCUUUUUAGACAAGGGCUAUGCCAUUCUUUUAUUGAAUAUCAGUGUUGAUUUGAGAGACAUUUUAUGCGUGUCAUUCCAGUGUUCACUGUUUCUGUAAAUGCAUUGCUGUUACACUGAACAUUGCACAAAGUCAGGUUUUCAGCUACAGUUUCCAGCAAAAAAAAAAAGACAGCAAAAAUGCUGCAAAAUGGAUAUCAUGACCAUUUUCUGUACAUGGAACCCAUCACUUCUUAUUCCUUUGCCUCUUUGCUCACCUCUGCAUUAAAAUUUUCAUUUGGGACUUGC